AUGAAUGCGCAGUACCCGCCCACCCCUGCCCAGAUCAGCCUCGAACGGCUCUGGGAGACUCAACGCGAGCGAGACUUGAAGAUCAUCACCGAGCAGGAAGAAGUCAUCGAGGUACACAGUGAAAUCGUGUGCAAAGGUUGCCCUCGCCUGGCCGAGCAUAUCCAAGCCACAUGCGAAAAUGGUCUGAGUGUCUGUAUGCCCACGGUCGUGCUCUGGGAGCUCGUUGCCUACUUGUAUGGCUUCGACUUCAGUUACGACUUCGGCGAACCAGACAAUGCCGUAGAAGACCUCUGUGAUUCCUUCGUGGCCGCGAGAAAGGCUGAGAGUGCUGUCUGCGACCUGAUCCGGGGAUAUGACCGCGUCCAGUGUUUCUGCUUUGGGGCUUCGUUGUUCAGUGACCCCGAUAUGGAUAUCGUCGCAGUAGGCGCUAUGGAUCUCGCGGUGAGACUUACAGCAGCCAACCUCGACAGCAUCACAGCUGAGGAGAGUGAGGAAAUCCUGCGCAACCACUUUCCGUAUCGUCAAGAUAUCGCGGAGGAUUUUGCGGCCCACGUGUCCGAGUACGCCGCUGCCAUGAGCCUGGCAUCCCGCAUCGAGCAGAUCCACAUGGCAUAG